GAGUGAUUGAAUUCAUUUGUGGAUCGAAAAUGAUCGGGUUCGCGGUACUUUGUGCUUUCGUUGUUGUGCUCUUAACCCCGGUGGUGAACUGGUACUUGGAGGUGCUGAAAUAUCGGAAACUACGAGGGAUUCCCGGACCGAAACCGUGGCCCGUCAUAGGAAACUCGAAUUUAUUAGGGAAAACGCCUGGGGAUUACCUGCAAGCCUUGCUAAGGCUCCAGAAGAGAUAUGGGAACUUUUACAAGCUCUGGACCGGGCCAACCUUAAGGAUCGUCAUCAACAAACCGCAAUACCUGGAAGAGCUUCUAACAUCCAACAUCAAUUUAUCCAAAUCCAACGGGUACGACUUGUUCAAGCCCUGGCUAGGGGAUGGUUUGUUAGUGAGCACAGGCAUAAAGUGGAAACAGCGCAGGAAAAUGAUCACCCCCACUUUCCAUUUUAAAGUCCUAGAAGACUUUAUGCAAAUAUUCAAUUACCAGAUCGACAUAAUGCUCGAUAAAAUGAAUGAUGUAGUGCAGGGGGCCCCUGGGCAAACUAUCGACAUUUUUAAAUAUAUCAAUCUGAUGUCUCUGGAUAUUAUUUGUGAAACAGCAUUUGGUACCCCCAUAGGGGCUCAGUCCCAAGAAAACCCGAAAUAUGUGGAAGCAGUUAAAACUUUCCUGGAAAUCUUUGUGUUCAGGUUCUUUUCCGGAUGGAUGGGGCAUCCCUUGUUCUUCAGGUUCUCGGAACCCUAUAAGAUUUACUAUCAAACCCUUAAUACUUUGCACGUGUUUACUGAGAAAGUUAUCCAGAAAAGGAAAGCCGAGUUCGCCAAGAAGGGAAAGAUGACAGGUAUUAGGGAGGACGGUGUAAAAAUCAGGUCGGCCCUCCUGGACAUGCUCCUGGAAGCCAACCAAAAUGGCGGCAACCUUUCCGACGAAGACAUCCGGGACGAGGUUAACACCUUCAUGUUCGAAGGCCACGACACUUCCGCCACAGCGAUGUGCUUUACUUUGUACGCUUUAGCCCAAAAUCCGCACUGUCAGGAUAAAAUUUACGAAGAAUUUUGCGAGGUCCUGGGCGAGGAUCCCAAGGUCGAAGUCACUCUCUCGCAAAUCAACGAUUUGAAAUAUAUGGAUAUUGUGGUGAAGGAGGCCCUGAGGGUUUAUCAGCCUGUACCUUUGAUCGAGAGGAAUAUUGAUGAGGAUUGGACGGUUGACGGAAUCACGAUCCCGAAGAACACAACCGUCGCGAUAUUUUUGUACGGGAUGAGUCACGAUCCGGCGGUAUUUCCGGAUCCUGAUAAAUUCGAUCCGGACAGAUUCCUGGGGGAGAAACUGGAUCAGAGACACAACUACUCGUACAUCCCCUUUAGUGCGGGACCACGUAACUGCAUAGGUCAGCGAUACGCCAUGUACUCACUAAAAGCCUGCGUAGCGAAAUUUCUGCUCCAAUUCCGAGUAGUCGAGGAUCCGAACUUUAAAAUGGAAAUAGGCACUUGCUCGGUCUUAAAAUCGAUGAACGGAUAUAAGAUGAAAAUUCAACGGAGAAAGCCUGCAGGAAAAUAGUUUUCUUUUUUUUUUAUUAUAUUGAGGAAAUAAAUAUGAUUACCAAAA